AUGAGCUCCUUUCCCAAUCCCCCUAUUUUUUCCCUUCGAUCGGUGUCGUUUCCCACCGCUCCCGUGCUUGUCCGUGGUCGCCAUGGCCAGAGCCCGAGCUCCCCUGUACGUGCUCCUUUGCCGGCCAGCAGCGACGGAGGCGGGCAGCAGCCGACGCGAACACCACGAGUAGCGGCCAGGCACGCUGCACGGGCCAAUACCGACGGCAGCUCGGCUGGACAGGGUCAGUGCGGGGUGGCGGCGGGGCCGGGAGGUGGUGGCAACGGGGCGGGCCAGCAAGCCGCGGCGGGCGGCGGAGUCGGGCGGCGGCCUAAGGACCCGGCGGAGGCCUACAUGGGCAGCCGGACCGCCGGAGGCGCCGAAUCCCACCACGGCUGCCUCCCGAUUCGGCGGCGCCCGGGCGGCUGCGAGACGGCUUCCGGCGAGGGAGGCGACGGGGGCGAGGGCGGCGGAGGGCGGCGCUGGCGAUUUGGGGCGGUGGCGGCGGCGGAUUCCGGCCGACUAGUGUUCGGGCGGGCGGACGGUCGCGGCUGUGAAAUGAAAUGA